AAAAAAGGAGAUCUGUCAGUUGUACGUCUUUUGAAAUAUCACUGAAAACAUGACAUUUACACUCUUGGCUUGUGUAAAACAGACAUUUUCCCAUGGAUCAAAUUAUUAAGAGAUUUUUUUAUAAACCUCCCGAUAAAUAUUAAAAUCUUUGCCUUUUAAAUCUUUAUGGCUAAAUGGUUAUUGAUGCUUUUUGACGCCUUCUCUCUUUCGAUCCCCUGCCAGUUUCAUCCUAAAGUCAACUCCACCAUCAUCAUGCCAAGAGUCUCCCGUCAUCAUAUCGUUAAUCGCAGCUUCUGCACCUUUCAGCCGCUGUCCCCCCAGGACGCUUUGGAGGAACGUCUCAUACUAGACUCCAUUGCUUGGCCUGAAACUCCACUUUUGCCAUCUCCUAUUUCCUUGGAGCAGACCACUGAUCCAGCCCAAAGCACCGUCACCAUUCUCCCAGGGAGGAAAGGGGGGCAGUGGCAUGUAGGGGACCAGCUGGAGGUUAUGAUACAAACCUUUGACUUCCAAGGUCGUCCAAAGAAGUCCGGGGGGGACUUCAUAACUGCCCGUCUGCACAAUCGGAAGCUCGAAGCAGGUGUGGCCGGGCAAGUUGUGGAUCAUCUGAAUGGGAGCUACUCUGCUGUAUUCUCUUUACUCUGGGAAGGAGACGCACAGGUUGAGGUGACUCUGGUUCACCCUAGUGAAGCUGUCACAUUGCUGAACAGGCUAAACAGAGAACAGCCUGACAGGACUUACUUCAAGAGCCUCUACCGCUCAGGCUCAGUCUCUGAAACCACCAUCUGUAACGUCUGCCUCCGGCCAACCAAACAGCUGAAGUGUAACUACACUGACCUCCGCACAGGCGAGCCUUGGUUCUGUUACAAGCCAACGAACCUGAGCUGUGAUACCAGGAUCAACCACUUCAGGGUAGCAUUCAAACAAAGUCUCACAUUGAAGGAGGAGAAGCUCUUUCAGAGUGGUGUUAACCAGAAAGUCUGCAUUCAGGGAAUAGGAUCUUUCAACGUGUUGCCUAAAGAGGAUGGUCAACUGAAGGUGAAGAGCAGCUCUGUGACAUCUCUACCAUCUGGUUAUUACUACCAGGGUGUGUGGCGAGCACUAGGAGGCACCACAGUAUCUCAAUUCAACAGUUCUGCCAUCACUCAGUGUCUGAAAGGCAAAGCAGUUCACAUGUAUGGAGACUCCACAGUCAGGCAGUGGUUCGAAUUCCUCAACGCACUUCUACCAGGUCUAAAGGAAUUUGACUUACACAGCCGGAAACAGGUUGGACCUUUUAUGUCCUUAGACUAUGAAAACAACAUCUUGGUGACGUACCGCUGCCACGGUCCUCCUAUUCAUUGGACCCCCAUCCCAACCAGAGAGCUUCGAUACAUUGCUAAUGAGCUAGAUGACUUGAAUGCAGGCCCCAACACUGUCGUAGUUCUUAGCAUCUGGGCUCACAUCAGCACUUACCCCAUGGAGAUCUACAUCAGGAGGCUACAGAGCAUCCGUAGGGCGGUGGUGAGGCUUCUGGACACAAAUCCCGGCACAAUGGUCAUCAUCCGGACCGCAAACUCCAGAGCUUUGAGCCUUCAAGUGUCCCUAACCAACAGCGACUGGUAUUCGCUCCAGUGUGAUAAGGUGCUCAAAGCCAUGUUCAAAGGACUGAAAGUUCAUUUGAUCGAUGCCUGGGAAAUGACCCUGGCUCACCACCUGCCGCACAACAUCCACCCACCACCUCCCAUUAUUAAGAAUAUGGUAAACUGUCUGUUUUCCUAUAUAUGUCCCCAAAAGCAUGGUUAGAUGUCUGUGUUUUCGGGGCGCGGACUGUGUAUUUGAGCACAUGUUAAGGUUAUUUUAGAAUUUCUAGCAAGUGCUGCAUUAUUCAUCAAUCAAAGCUCAGACCACAUCAAUGCUUAAAUCACAUAAUGAAUUGCCCUAAAAGGCCACAACAUUGAUUGUCCCAAUACCCUCACAUUCGAACAAGAAAAACUCCAUCCAAAUAUUGGGAGGAACCCUUUUCCAGGAUGGACAGAACUCAGUAGAUUUCAAUCAUACAGAAUCAACUGCAUAAGAGAGUUGCAACACAUUAAGUUCAAAAGACCGAAAUGAUUUAUACAACUAGAAAAUGCAUUUCCUGCAGAAAAUAAUGAAAGCUAAAAACUUUUUUUAAAUUGCUGAAAAUACUGACUCAAUGUUCUAUGUUCUAACAUUAUCAAUCGGUCGCAUGUUAUUAUAAUCUAGAAAAGAUUAACAGGCUUUAUCUUUAUCUACACAUGGUAUUAUAUGUACCAAGCUACUUAGUCCACUGAACCGUGGACGCCCACAGGCCUCCAGCCGGUCCUCUGGUCAGCCAUCCUCUUUAUCUGGACGGGAGUGAGCGAUUUGCUUUUCUCAUCAUGGUCACCCUAAAUGUAGUGCAGGAAUAGAAAAUAGUGUCUGCUACUCUGCUCUCCAUCUUGUACAAGGAGUAGAAUGUGAGCAUUACUUUUUAGUGGUCAAAGUUUAGCCCCGCAACGGUUUGUUUUAUAAUAAUAAACACCACUUUGUUUUAACUAUAUAGUAAUGCUUUUACUUCCGUUUUUAUUCAUUUUAUUGUUUGCAUGUUUUGAUUAUUUGUGUGGUGGCUAAUGUAUUAUUACAGUUGCGGUUUUAUUUAUCUAUGUUUUUAAUAAGUGAGUAGCUAAUAGGGCUGUCAACGAAUAUUCUAUAUUGGAAUAUAUAUUCCAAUAGUUGUUGAAAACAAAUUGUAAAUACUGUUGAAAACAACUAUUAGAAUGUGAAAAUGAAUAUUCAAAUGUAAAUU